CCCGGUGGUAGCGGCGGGGCCGGAAGCGGCGGCGCGCGCCAUGGCGGCGGCCGGGCCCUUCGCGCUGCUCACCAGCUGCGCCGCCGGCUUCCCGGCCCAGGAGCUCGUCAAACGUAUCACAGGGAAAGAUGACCUUACUGUGGGUGCAAUUACAAGUGGAAGAGUGAAUUUUUACCCCUGGACAAUAGACAAUAAAUAUUAUUCUGCAGAUAUUCACCUCUGUGUGGUACCAGACACCUUUCUUGUCACUGAAGAGGUUGCUGAAUCUGUGCAGGCAUUUGUUGUGUACUUCGACAGCACCACAAAGUCUGGACUGGAUAGUGUCUCCAAAUGGCUUCCCCUGACAGAGGAGUGGUUACCAGAAGUCAUGAUCCUGGUUUGUAACAGAGUAUCUGAAGAUGGUGUUAACAGACAGAAAGCUCAAGAAUGGUGCAUCAAGCAUGGGUUUGAACUGGUGGAACUUAGCCCUGAGGAACUGCCUGAUGAAGAUGAUGACUUCCCAGAGUCCACCGGAGUGAAGCGAAUUGUCCAAGCCCUGAAUGCCAACGUGUGGUCCAAUGUAGUCAUGAAGAGUGACAGGACCCAGGGCUUUGGUCUUCUCAGUACAUUAGCAGGUGCCAACUGUAGCAUUGGGUCAGAAGAGAGCCAAGACACAGAAUCCAAUCCAUCAGCAGCAGACAGUGAAGAAUCCCACUCAGACAGCAGAGAAGGUGGAGCUAGCACAGACAACCAGCAGGUGGACAACACUGCAGACCCUGUGUUGGACAUGGACAUCCAGGAGUUGGCCAACCUCACCACCAGAGACAGCGACCUGGAGAGCUUCGAACGGCUCUUCUCAAAGCUGAAGGAAAUGAAAGAUAAAGCUGCAACGUUGCCUCAUGAACAAAGAAAACUGCACGCAGAAAAGGUGGCCAAAGCAUUCUGGAUGGCAAUUGGGGGAGACAGGGAUGAAAUUGAAGGUCUCUCCUCAGAUGAAGAAAACUAAGUUCUCGUGUCGCUGACGGGGACAGAGCAACCCUGGAGGAGGAUCUCCAGCCAGGAGUGUGGAUGGUGAAAAGCCCCAUUUAGCUUUAGUUGCUUUCUUUGGUUACAGGAUUCUCUGGAUCAUUGCAGUAAAUAACACAUUCCACAGCACCUCAUGGGUGGAGGGCUUUUGUCUGACUGUUCAUUUAUUCUCUCUCCGAGAGUUCUGGAAGGCGAUUCAUGCAGCUAGAGGGAAUAAUCAUUAGUUUACAUUUUUCAAAUUAACAUUUUUAUUGUUUCCUCUUUCAAGUAAAGACAUUUACUCACAGUGAUCUGCCUGCAAAUGGCUGGUGGCUGUGAAGUGACUACUUAAUUUGAAACCCAGCAUUUUAGAUGUAGGCCUCUUGGAUGUUUUUAUGUAGCUUUAUAGCUGAAUUACUAGUUAAAACAAACCAGGUUUAUAUGAGCCAUGAAGAGAAAGUUGCUGAGUUGUGCCCUGUUGUGGGAUGCUUUGCCAGGGCUGCAGGGUCCAUCCUGCUGAGUGCCAAAGCUAUUAAAAAUGGCCCACAGGCCUGGAAUUCUGUUUGCCUGGGGAAGUAUGUGGUCCUUCCCAGGAAAGGCAGAUGGUUUGUGCCACACUCCUUUGGGUUUCCAUUAGAAACUAAGUUUGGGAAUAAAUGCAAGACAGAUUGUGCUGCUGUUCCAGGGGUGAAGUCCUUCCUCCGAGGCCCAGCAGAACACACAGACCUUCUGCUGGUGGAUUCUGUCCUAAGCAAAGGGAAAAGCUACGAGGUCAAAAACCCCCACCCUGCCACCUGGUGCAUUUGGUACAGACUUGUCCUCCUGUGUGUUCAUGAGAAGGCACCAGAGGGCAAGUCUCAAACUCCUGCUUCAUGGAAUUAAGGUAUAGAAAAAAAAUUCCUUUGUCCUUAGGUUUGGUGUCUUGUCAUCUCCUGCACAGGCAGCACAGCCAGACUCUGGAGAGUGUAAACAUUCAAGGCACUAGGAAGGCAGUAAGGAACAGGCUGGUGAAGGAGAGAGAGGAGAGAAGGCAAAUAAUUGAACUAGCAAAUUGUUUUGGUUGGAAAAGGCCUUGAAGAUCAUCCAUUCUAAUUGCUCCCCCAGCCCUGCCAAGGCCACCACUGACCCAUGUCCCUCAGCACCACAUCUACAGGGCUUUGAAAUCCCUUCAGGGGUGGGGACUCCACCCCUGCCAUGGGCAGACUAGGCCAGGGCCUGACAGCCCUUUGGGGAAUAAAUGUUCCCAAGAUCCAACCUAACCCUCCCCUGACACAACUUGAGGCCAUCUCCUCUCAUCCUGUCCCUGAUCUGCUGUGCCCCAGGGAACCACGUGCGUUUCCCCCAGAGCAUUUCCUUAUCAAUCUGAAAACAGGCCCUGUUAAGCAACCUUACUUAGAAAUUUGAAAUUAACAUUUCCAAUGUCUGGGUUUUUUUGUGUCAAUAAAUGUCAUGAGUCUGGA